AUUCUCGUAAAGGGCGGAAAAGUAGUUCUCUCGUCUAGGGCGUCUAGAGUGGCCAGUACACUACAGUCAUAUGUGCACUUUCACUUUCCAAAAGUAAUUUGAAGUGGCCUUCCGUGCUGGCGGGAGAUCUAUUUUUUUUCUCGAAAAUAACAAUAACAACAUGUUGUAGGCCUACAGCUGAAAACUUUUUGAUUACGUCCAUCGUCCAAACUGGAAUGUAGACUAUUUUCGUCUCGAAUGCUUUUGCGCGUCUAUCGUCUGAAUGAAUCUAUCCACCCUGGGCCUGUAUUGAAAUAAAACUGAAUUGAAGAGGUGGACUGCAUUUGCGAUCGGCGCCAAUGGACCCGUUGGAUUUUUUGACAGAUAAGCAGUUACUGCAGUAUUUCCGCUGUAGUAGAACAGAAAUGUCGUGCAUGGAGCAACCACACACCUUUCUUAACCAGCUCAGAGACCACCACUUCAUUCCAGAGAAAAUGCACACGAUGAACGUGGUACCUUCAGGCGUUUGGAAAUUGCUCCCAAGGAUGAACCAGACCCUGAACCAGAGGUCUAAAAUGUUUUCUGAGGUCUGAGGUCUCAGCUGAUUUCUCUGAUUUAUUUUUCCCAUGAUGUCAAGCAAAGAGGCAUUGAGUUUGAAGAAGCUGAUUCGGUGUAAGAGUAAGGAGGUGAGGGAGAAGGGUGUGUACCAGGUGUUGGACUGGGUGGAGGCAGAGAGGCCCAACAGCAUCAAGGUGUUCUGGAAAUGUGUGUUCAGGGACCACCUCCUGCUGCAGUACCCCACGUUACGCCUGCUCCGAAACCGCCUGCUGGACGGGUCGUUCACAUUCUAUGAGAAUCUGCCAGAGAAGGUGGAGAAGGAAGAGGGGGAGGAGGAUAAGAAGAAGAAGAAGGGUUCAGCGGAAGGAGAAGAUGAGGAAGAGAAGACAAGAAGGAAAAAGAAGAACCAGAAAAAGAGAAGUGAGAGUGUGGAGGAGCAGCCCAGCACGUCCACACAGUCCAACCCCAGUCAGAAGAGGAAAGUUCAGAGGCCGACCUACUCAUCUCCAUUCAGUAAGAAUGAGAAAGCUGACAUCUGGACCUGGCCCAUCUACAAGACCCAGCUCCCAGUCACCUGUGGGGACAAAGAAGGCACGCUCAACAGGGACAAGCUGGCCAAAGGGAAGACAUGCAUUGUGGUCCAGGGUCGAUGGUUCACCCCAAGUGGCUUUCAGGAGUUUGGGGGGAAGAAGAGCAGUAAGAACUGGAAGUGCAGUAUCCGCUGUAGAGGCACCACUCUGGGAAAACUGAUCCAGGAAGGUCAUUUAACUUCACCAGACUUUAAAAGAAGAAAGAGUGCACAGGCCAAGAGAGCACUGUUUCUCUCUAACCAAUCAGCAGGCUCAAUCACAGAAUCUGAGGAGAAUGACGAUGAUGAGGAGGAAGAGGAGGAGGAAGAAGCUGAGCAGGAAAAAGAGGAAGUCUUCAAAGUCACCUGUGGAGCCAUCAAUGGAAUGCUACAUAAGGAUCGGUUUGUAUCAGGGUCGCGUGGAAAGAGCAUCCGUACGGAGCUGCGCUGGAUGACCCCGGUGGAGUUUGUGAAGGGGGAGUCAGCUCUGGAAGAUCCCUCCUGGAAGAAAGACAUCCAGUGGGAGGGGAAACCACUCAGCGUCCUCAUCGAGAGUAAGAUCUUGGUCAUCCACUCUCUCCUGUGUAAGUGCAAGCUGUGCAGCUCCACGGCCAAAGACAGGCAUGAUCAGGAUAACGAUGAUGACUGCUUCAUCUGUAGAAGCCAGGGCAACUUGAUAUGCUGUGAUGAGUGUCCUCGCUCCUUCCAUCAGAGAUGUCAUCUUCCGAAUGUGGAUGGCGCCAUGAUGGGGGAUGAUUGUCCAUGGAUCUGUACAUUCUGUGUACUGAGGGCCAGUCAGUCGUGGCGCUACCCCAAACAAAUUACCUACCAGGAAGCCUUAACCCGCCAAAUCUCGGACAACCUACUGGAAUGCCAGUACCUCCUGCUGUGUCUAUACCAUGCGGACGAGGACCACAUCUUUGUGGCAGAUCCUUGCAUCCACGUGGGAAACUACACCAGUGUGAUAAAGACCCCUAUAUGGCUGGACAGGGUUGUGGAGAAGCUGCAGCAGAAUCUCUACCAGUCAGUGCAACACUUUGUGUCUGAUGUGUUGCUUAUCUUCACCAACUGUGCCACAUUUAACAGGGAUAAUGCAGAGUUCCGUGUGAUGGGCGAAAGAUUGAAGGAUCUAUUUGAGAGAGAGUUCAAGAGUACAUUCAGUAUCCAGCUUCAGCAUCCAACUGCAUCCAACAGCCAGUAGAGCCUUCAUCAAGUCUGUACUGUUAUCUCACUAU